AUGCGAGAUGUUCUGCCCCAAAAAUGCCUCAGAGUUCAAUCACCAAGAAAAAAACCAUCUCCUCAUCCUCCUCCCCACACAAACCCCUGGAAUCCCAUGUCCUCCUGCAUGCUGGAGCCCAGCACACUCCUGACCAGCAGUUCUUUGGCAAAGCCUCAGGUUUUGCUGUUUGAAACAGCCUCAUACAAAUACAACACUGCAGUACCUACUGCAUAGAUGCUGCCCCAUACGUAUCUUCCCCUGGAUCAAACAUUUCCAGAACACUUACUCACUUGUGGAUCAUCUCAAGACAGUUAUUUAAAUACUGCCUUUGACAGAAGUAGUGUUUAUGACUACCCCAGCUUGCAGCAUACUUUGUAACAAACAAGUCCCUUCUCUCACA